UGGGGGAACGUCGAAGGCAGUUGAGUCGGUGGUGGCUACAUGUGGAUAUCCGCCGGUCGUGACGAGAGAGAGCCUUCGUGUCGCAGGGAGCUGACGUUUAACUUCCUCGCGUCGUAUCGCGGGAGCCGUGACGUACCCACGCCGUAAACGAGAGCAAUCCGCCGUUCAUCAUGCAGAUGGAUCCGACGACGUUGCAGCUGAUACAAGUCCUCGAGAGGACCGUCUCGUCGGACAAAAAUGAGCUCGUGGCAGCGCAGACUUUUCUGCAGCAGGCGGCCGAAACCAAUCUCCAUGAAUUCGUGCAACGACUCAGCGCCGUGCUGGUCACAGUCGGCGCGAGCCCCGUCGCCCGCAUGGCUGCGGGUCUCCAGCUCAAAAACCAACUUACCUCCAAGGAUCCUGACAUGAAGUUCCAGUACCAGCAACGCUGGCUAACUAUUCCCGUUGAGACGAGGGAAUAUAUCAAGAAAAAUAUUUUAGGAGCUUUGGGAACGGAAAACAAUAGGCCAAGUUCUGCGGCACAGUGUGUCGCUUAUGUUGCUGUUGCCGAGUUGGCAGUGGGGCAGUGGAGCGAAUUAAUUCCAUUGUUAGUCAAUAAUGUUGUCAACCCGUCCAGUACCGAGAUGAUGAAGGAGGCUACUCUAGAGACUAUCGGAUAUAUCUGCCAAGAGAUUGAAAGCGAAGUGCUGGUGUCACAAUCAAACGAGAUCCUUACAGCUAUCAUUCACGGUAUGAAGGGUUCCAGUACGUCGAAUCACGUUCGACUAGCGGCUACAAGCGCCCUGUACAAUUCCUUGGAAUUCACCAAAGGAAACUUUGAGAAAGAGACGGAACGAAACUUUAUAAUGGAAGUUGUAUGCGAAGCCACUCAGUCUACCAAUACUCAAAUCAGAGUGGCUGCGUUACAGUGUCUUGUGAAAAUUAUGUCACUGUAUUACCAAUAUAUGGAACCAUAUAUGGCUCCAGCACUGUUUCCUAUUACGUUAGAAGCUAUGAAGUCGGAAAUUGACGAAGUAGCACUACAAGGAAUAGAAUUCUGGUCGAACGUAUCCGACGAGGAAGUGGACUUGUCAAUGGAAGAAGGAGAAGCAUCGGAAGGAGGUCGUCUGCCGUUGAAAGUUUCACGGCACUAUGCUAAGGGUGCUUUACAAUACUUGGUACCGGUGUUGAUGAAAAAACUAACUAAGCAAGAAGAAUUUGAUGAUGAGGAUGACUGGAAUCCUUCGAAGGCUGCUGGAGUUUGCUUGAUGUUGCUGUCGUCCUGCUGCGAGGAAGCCAUUGUUCCAUUCGUUCUUCCCUUCGUCAAGGAUAAUAUUAAGAGCCCCGAUUGGAGGUACAGAGAUGCGGCUCUGAUGGCGUUCGGCUCGAUUCUCGGUGGUUUAGAGCCUGCCACAUUGAAACCGUUAGUGGAACAAGCCAUGCCCACUCUCAUCGAGCUGAUGUACGAUAGCAGCGUAGUCGUCCGCGACACCGCCGCGUGGACGUUCGGUCGCAUAUGCGAGAUGAUACCAGACGCCGCAAUCAACGAAACCUAUCUCAAGCCACUGCUGGAGUCUCUGGUGAAUGGAUUGAAGGCGGAACCGCGAGUCGCUGCCAAUGUAUGCUGGGCAUUUACAGGAUUAGCGGAGGCGAGCUACGAGUCUGCUGAGGCGAGCGAAGACGGAAAUCAGCCAGAAACGUAUUGCAUGUCACAAUAUUUCGAUUUUAUCAUUCAACGACUUUUGGAGACUACCGAUCGACCAGAUGGGGCUCAGGCGAAUUUGAGAUCCGCCGCCUAUGAAGCUCUCAUGGAGAUGGUGAAGAACUCGCCGCGCGACUGUUACGUAACCGUGCAGAAAACUACGAUGGUGAUACUCGAGCGGUUGCAACAGGUAUUGCAGAUGGAGUCACACAUACAGAGUCAUUCGGAUCGCGCCCAGUACAACGACUUGCAGUCGCUGCUUUGUGCGACAUUGCAGUCCGUCUUGCGUAAGGUCACCGCGGAGGACGCCCCGCAGAUAUCCGACGUGAUAAUGACCGCUCUGCUUGCUAUGUUCAGCUCAAACUCCUGCAAAUCAGGUGGUGUACAGGAGGACGCGCUCAUGGCUGUCUCGACCCUGGUUGAAGUGUUGGGCGAAGGUUUCUUGAAGUACAUGGAGGCGUUCAAGCCUUAUCUCUGUCUCGGCUUGAAGAACUAUGCUGAGUAUCAGGUGUGCUGCGCAGCGGUCGGUCUCACCGGUGAUAUCUGCCGUGCACUCAAGAACAAGAUGCUUCCUUAUUGCGACGAAAUUAUGACUCUGUUGUUGGAAAACCUCAGCAAUAACGCCGUUCAUCGUUCGGUUAAACCACAGAUCUUUUCGGCCUUCGGUGACAUCGCCAUGAGUAUCGGGCCGGAGUUCAAGAAAUAUCUGGACGUUGUGUUGCAGACGUUGGUACAGGCGUCGCAGGCCAACGUAGACAGAAGCGAUUACGAUAUGAUCGAUUAUCUGAACGAGUUGCGCGAGGGCGUGCUCGAAGCUUACACCGGCAUAGUUCAGGGUCUCCGCGGCGAUGCGAAUAACUGUCCGGACGUCGCCAUUUCUCUCAUCGAGCCGCACGUGCCGUUUAUUAUACAAUUCAUCACUUCGAUAGCGCAGGACCGCGAACAUUCCGAGGGUAAUGUGUCAGCCGCGGUAGGCCUGCUGGGCGAUCUCGUCAUGGUAUUCGGAGUUAAGCUGCUGCCCAUGGUGGAGACCGAGCCGCUCAAUGAUUUGCUGGUCAAGGGAAAGAAGUCGCGCACUCACAAAACUAAACAACUGGCGAGUUGGGCUGCGAAAGAGAUUCGGAAGCUCAAGACUGCUGCCAACGCUACGUCCAGUUGAUCACCCCACGGUUGUACUGUCGUGCAAUUUGAUUUGACUAGAAAGCUAUCAAACACAAUACAAAGACAACAAGAUUGGAUGGUGCGGAUGCGAGUUGAUGGAUGUGCGUGAGUUCCGAAGCGAUGAUGACGAGAUGAGGUGAUGAGUCUGCACGUGUCCCUAUCUGGCGAUGGUAUUUUAUUGAUAUAAUUAUCGGUGUCGUGCGCAGCCCAUAUAAUCCGAGAGAAAGGGAUUUUAGUGAGAAAGCGAGAGCGAGAGAAAGCGAGAAUGAGAGAAAGAGAGAGAGAGAGAAAGAGCGCGCACGAGACAAUGAGAGAACCAAAAAAAAAAAAGAAAAAACAAAUACCUGUCUGCCGGAUGCCGACAACGGAUGAUGAGGAGUGCAAGUGGAUGUUGCCGAUGAAUGAAUCAAGGUCAAAGUCUACCAAGAAGAGAAAGAGAGAUGUUUCUGGUUGCAAGUAUGCCUGGGUACAAACGAGCCUGUGGCUUUUAUCCGCGUGAUUGAGAGAUAAAACCCAAGAAGAGAGAGAGAGAGUGAGAGAAAGAGGAUGACUUCGAUGAACGAUUAUUGUGAGAGAGAUGACCGGAAGAUGUGAGAGAGCGCGACAGGAACACCAAGCGGUGGAUGGAGAAUGUUACGUACAUAGUGAGGGAGAGUGAGAGUAAGAGACUCAGGGAGAAUUUCCGAAAUAAAGUGAUAGCAUGUUAGAUAUGUGAGAGUGUGAAUGAAAAAUAUAGUAAAAUGUAUGAUGUAAUUAUGCGCGUGUGCAUAUGCCUAUAUGUAUGUAUGUAUGUAUGUAUGUAUGUGUGUGGGUAUGAAAGAGAAAAAACGAGAGUCUUUUAUUUACAGUGACUCGCCGUUGACUCGUUGUAAAGCUCGCACCGAGCUUCUCAACGACGUGCAUUAAAUUUUUGAAUCGCGAUUUUUAGCUGUCGUUGCUUAGAAUCGUGCCGAAUUUACCUGCGUAAGAAAGGGUAUCGGCUUUCCUAUGCAACUUGCGAAACUUGAAUGGGUAACGAAGGAAAAAAGAGAGAAUGAGAGUGAGAGAGAGAAAGAGAGAGACUGAGUGCGAAAGAUCGAGAAGAUUACAGAAUUUUCAAUUGAGUGACUCUUGAUCCGAUCAUGCUGCGCGAGAAUCCGUUGUGUGAUGAGAGAUGUGUUACUUUUUCCCCGUACGUGAAUGUCUGUUGCUGUUGAUUGGAUAAUUAAAGUUAAUAUUUUGAUGGCACAAAUGAUUUCGUUGUACCGAAGUCCUCGUCCGGCCUGAACGUCCGUAGGAGCAAAUGAUCUCGAAUGCUCAAGAACAAUCCCCUAAAUUUCCUCUAAACUCUCUUCCUCCUUAUAUCCCACCUCGAUAUCGUGUAAGUCCUUUUUAGUAGCCGGUCGAGUAUUCCCGCGCGAUCACGGUACACACGAGUGGUGUCGCAGACGAGGAGUUUUUCGCACUGCCAUUUGGAACAACGCUGCACGGCUUGUCCAGACACUUUUUUAAUCACUAGUUUCUUCCUCUCCCCCUCCCUCCCUUCCCCAUCCACCCGUUCGUAAGACGUCUGGACCACUCGAAAUCUAUCCCGGGUGAGAUCGUCUUCCUGACCGUGCGUCACUGUGCAGGAGCGCCCGUCGUUCGCGUUAUUUGCUCGACGGGAAUGUCUCUUAGCGGAUCACUGGGACUGGGGCUGGUACCGUGAUCGCGUCUAUAAACCGGCCGAGUUCUGUCAAACGGAUAAUUGACGGAUAGCCCAGAGUCGUACAGCCUGGAGAGAAGUAGCCUAGUUGAUCUCUUUCGUAGUGAUCGAAGCUCGCGGUGAGAUCGCGCGCUUCGAUUCACGCGAGGUCGCGAAGAACCCCUUCUCCACGUUCGACCGGGAUGUCUCAAGUAUCCUGCAUCUCUACCUCUGUUUACACCGCGUCCUUGAUGACGAAUAGUCAGUGUCGUGCCGAUCGCGAAUCAUUGUCGCGAGUCUGUUUCGUGGAGUCGCGGGAGCCUCCUCGGCGGAUCCUUCAUGAUCGUCCGCCCGCGAUUUUCAGCGACAUGUCAUAAAUAAAUAACGUAAUACGGAGUUACGUCACGUCGUCGUUGUCGUCGUCGUCGUCGAGAACGUGUCUGCGGUAGUGCCAUGCAUUCCAAAUGCUUUUUUCAACGGAUCCUUUUUUUUUUUUUUAAUUUGAGUAUUUGUAGUGACUUCGCGUUCAUAUAUUCAUAUAUAUACAUAUAUAUUCUCACUUACACUCCUAUCGUGAUUUCCUGAGUGCGAGAGGGAGAAUAGCGUAGUAGUAUAGAAAAAUCUCUAGUUUUUCGAAUA